CAUGCGCAGCGGGGCCGUGGGUGCGCGCGGCGUACGGCACCGCGCCAGUCCUGAUGCCGGCAUGGGUGGUUGGACGCAGGUGCUGUUCCUGCUGUUGCUCCUGGUUAGCGCGUUGCUCAGGCUAGGAAAUGGACAGGCUACUAGCAUGGUCCAGCUGCCAGGUGGGAGAUUCCUGAUGGGAACAAAUUCUCCAGACAGCAGAGAUGGUGAAGGGCCUGUGCGGGAAGUGACAGUGAAACCCUUUGCCAUUGACAUAUUUCCUGUCACCAACAAAGAGUUCAGGGAUUUUAUCAGGGAGAAAAAGUAUCGGACGGAGGCUGAGAUGUUUGGAUGGAGCUUUGUCUUUGAGGACUUUGUCUCUGAUGAGCUGAGAAACAAAGCAACCCAGCCGAUGAAGCCUGUGCUCUGGUGGCUUCCAGUGGAAAAGGCAUUUUGGAGACAGCCUGCAGGUCCUGGCUCUGGCAUCCGAGAGAGACUGGAGCACCCAGUGUUACACGUGAGCUGGAAUGAUGCCCGUGCCUACUGUGCUUGGCGGGGAAAACGGCUGCCCACCGAGGAAGAGUGGGAGUUUGCUGCCCGAGGGGGCUUGAAGGGUCAGGUUUACCCAUGGGGGAACCGGUUCCAGCCAAACCGCACCAACCUGUGGCAGGGAAAAUUCCCCAAAGGGGACAGAGCUGAGGACGGCUUCCAUGGAGUCUCCCCCGUGAAUGCUUUCCCUGCCCAGAACAACUACGGGCUGUACGACCUCCUGGGCAAUGUGUGGGAGUGGACGGCGUCUCCAUACCAGGCCGCCGAGCAGGACAUGCGCGUCCUUCGGGGGGCAUCCUGGAUCGACACAGCUGAUGGCUCUGCCAAUCACCGGGCCCGGGUCACCACCAGGAUGGGCAAUACUCCAGAUUCAGCCUCAGACAACCUGGGCUUCCGCUGUGCAGCAGACACAGGCCGGCCGCGGGGGGAGCUGUGAGCAGCCGGGCGGCGACAGGGAGAAAAGCCCUUCAGGGUCACUGUCAUUCCUGGCCAUGUUGCAAACACAGCCCAGGUCCAAGCUCAGGAGCGUCAGCCUCAGGAAGAAACUGCCCCUCUCCUGUCUGCCAUCCCUCUGUGGCAGGCAUCUCAGCAGGGCAGGAGAGGACUCAGCCUGCUGUGUCUUGGAGGAGGGGCCUCAUGUGUCGGUGGUGGCUGGGAGCUCGGUGUUUGUCUUUGAAGCCAAGUAUUAUCGACACAGGGGCGAGCACGCAAACAACUUAACAGGAGGCUCUGAGGGCCGUUUGUUAAACGUUUUAGAAUGCGUUCUCUCCCACUUUCUCCCUAGAUGUUUCCUUAAGGCAGAUUUCCGUGGUUCUGUUUGUUUUCCUGGCCAAUUGCUGUGGAAGGAGAAUGCUUUUUUCAUGGCCUCAUUUGUUGUUUUGUGUCCGUCUGAAGGAAACUAGUUUCCAGUGUGUAACAGGCAGGCAUGUGGCUAUUUAAAGCACAGUUCAGUCCUAAAAGGGCCUGGGAGAACUAGAUGAUGUGCCAGGUGAGUCGGUGCAUUGUGGGAAUCACAAAGCAAAUAAUACUCCAGGAAUACAAACAGCAGAAGCUUCCAUUCUAUUGUUUUUUAUUUUUAUUUUUCUGAGACAGGGUCUUGCUUUGCCCACACCAGAGGACGGUGGUGAUCACAGCUCACUGCAGCCUUCAACUCCUGGGCUCAAGCAAUUCUCCCACCUCAGCUUCCCAAGUAGCUGGGACUACAAGUGUGCACCACCAUGCCUGGCUACUUUUUAUAGUAAUGGGAUCUCACUAUGUUGCCCAGGCUGGUCUUGAACUCCUGGCCUCAAGCACUCCUCCCACCUUGACCUCCCAAAGUGCUGGGAUUACAGGUGUGAGCCACCAUGCCUGGAUCCCCUUCUCCAUAUGCCUCUAAAAACAUGCUACUGGAGGGUAGCCUGCUCCCGCACUGUCACUAGGUGUCACGGGGUCAAUACAACCUCAU